AUUUCAAAACAGUUGUCAAGGUCAAAAAUAUUCUGACGAUUGAACAAAGCAAAAGUAUAAAUAUUAAAAGGAGCUUUUUUUUACGGUUCUCUUUUUUAAAAAUAAAACCUCCGUGUCCAAUAAUUCGAAGGCUACAAGAUUGUUUUUUCUAGAUUUCUCAUUAAAUCGUCACUUUUUAUUCAAUUUACUGUGAUUGAUUGUUAAAAGUGUUUGAUUUAAUUCGUACUUCGUUCCAGUACAAUUGACAAAGGGCGUUGCAGUGUAAAUCGUCGUUCUAGUAUUUAGGAGCCCUGUGUCCGCUGAGAGGGCUUUACGAAAAAGGAAAAUCAAUUUAUUGAUUUAAAAUGAGGGGAAGGAUAGUUUAGACAGGAAAGACUGGAUUCGGUUUGUCCUUAAGCAUGGGUCUCCUUUCGAUCCUCAGAAGGCUCAAGUCGUCGCCGGAGCGCGAGCUUCGGCUGCUGCUCCUCGGCCUCGACAACGCUGGCAAGACGACGCUGCUGAAGAAACUGGCCUCAGAGGACAUCAACCAUGUGACGCCGACGCAGGGUUUCAAUAUUAAGACUGUGCAAUCGGACGGCUUCAAACUCAACGUCUGGGACAUCGGGGGGCAGAAGAAAAUUCGGCCGUACUGGAAAAACUAUUUCGAAAAUACUGACGUCUUGAUAUACGUUGUCGAUUCCGCUGACAGGAAAAGGCUAGAUGAGACAUCGUUUGAACUGGGCGAACUUUUGAUGGAGGAGAAAUUGAUGGAUGUCCCAGUCCUCGUUUUUGCAAACAAGCAGGAUCUGAUGCACUCACUCACUGCCGCAGACGUUGCGCAGGCUUUGAAUCUACAGACGAUCAAAGACCGACCUUGGCAGAUACAAGCAUGUUCAGCCGCUCUUGGCGAAGGUGUAAAGGAAGGAAUGGAAUGGAUAGCACAGAAUGUUGGGAAGAAGAAAUGAAAUUUUCUACUUUUGAAGAAAAUUUAUUAUGUUAAAAUAAAAUGCACAAUUAAUUCUUA